AUGUUACAAGUAUAAAUUAUAUAAUAUUUUUAGAUUACAACAAUGAUAAUUAACUUUUAUUUUCUAUAUUUCACAUGGUUUCUGUAUUUGCCUUAAUUAUACUAUAUUGGAUGGAAUUUUAUCUAAUAAGAAAUUUCUCUAGGAAUAAUAGCUAUGAUAGUUCUAUUAUUCACUAUUUUAAGUUUGACAAUUUCAAAUGUUUAUUUUGUAAAUUUUGAAUUCAAUGAGCAACAUUUAAGAAAGCAUUUUUCUUAUAAUAAUUUGAUUGCAUAGACUUUAGUCAUUCCAAUGGCUAUUCUAUAUUUAAAAAAUGAUGACAUCACAUAAUUAAUGAGUAGAACUUUACAUGGAUUAAUUUUAUUGAUGCAAAUUUAUGAAGCAUAUUUUUAAUUACCUUUUGGGUAAGUAAUUGAUAAAAUUAUUUUAGAUUUUCAUAAUAAGGAUAUAUAUUAAAUCGAGCAUUGAUGACUCAUUCAGUAGUAUUUCUGUUCUCUUCAAUCAAGGCUUUAAGUACAGCCAAUCCUCACAGUUUGGCAACAAUCAUGUUAAUUAUGCAGCCAGUUGUAUAAUAUUUGUUCUAAAUUCUUUUUGAUAGCAAAAGAGCAAAUGCUUAUCUUUCAAUAAAUAAAACAAAUAAUUAAUAUUAUGAAUUGUUAUAUAUAGAAGAUUUUUUUGAAUUGAGUUAAUUAGCAUAGAAAAAUAAAACCAAAGAGAUUGAAUUAAUUUAAAAAUUUAGUCUUCACAUGAAUAGAUGUAAUUCAACUAAAUGUUAAUGCAGAAAAAUUGGAUCGUUUAAAAUUUUAUUAUUUGAUGAAACUGUGCUACUGAUUUCAUGUUUAUUUAAAGGAAGUUUUGAGAAGCACAAAUUACACUAUUAGGAUUUAAGAGUUUUUGAAAUAUUCAGUCUAAAAUUCUUAACAUUUAUUAAUAAGUACAAACAUAAUGCUCCAAAAACUUAUUAAGAAUUAAAAAUCUUUUUUUAGAAAAAACGAGAUUAUUCAUUCUAUUUUAUAUAAAUGUGUUUAUUACUAUAAUUCAUACUUUAAGCUUAAAUGCAAAAAGAUGAGGAUUAUAAUAUUAACAGAGAGUCAAGAGUUUCAAAUGUAAAGUUAUAAGUUAGCAAAAGUGAACGAAGUAUAGUAUAAAAUCUUUAUUAAAUGGAGUAAGUGAAACAAAAUAUGAUACCUCUAUUAACAGAGAUUAGUUAAUUUAAAUCUUAAUUUUGGAAGUCAUUUAAAGUAGGUAAAUUUUCAGAUUACCAUUAAAUUGAAGAGUAAAUAAAGAAAUUAUAGAAAUUAAGAGAUGAGAUAAUGUAUCAAUUUAACAUUUAUUAUUAAAUAUUUUAUCAUAAUGGUAGAACUUUUAAUGUUUAAUUUUUGAAAGUGAAUGCAUUGAUAAACUUGUUGUUGUUCAACAAUGUAAGAAAGUAUUUUGAAAUGGAGAAAGGUAAAUAAUAAUGUAAUGAUUAGAAAGGAGAGAAAUUCUAUAGUUUGAGAAGAGUAUGAAUUCUUUUGAAAUAACUAAUAUAAACUUUUUUAAAGGGGAAGCUAUAUCAGUAAAAGUAUGUAUAGCAUUUGGUCCAAAUAUUGGAAAAGUAUUGAAUAAGGUAAUUUCUCCAUUGAUUCCAAAAUUUUUUGGAUUUGGUAAGUUUCCUAAUCCAAUGAAUUCAUUUAUUGAUUUCACAAAGGGUAAUAUAAAUACUUUGAUGCCAAAUUGGCUUGAGCCUAUUCAUGAUGAAAUAAUGUAGAAUUAUAUAAGGAGAGGAGUAACAGCAAGAAUUGGCAAGUAUUUUUAAACAUUUGCUAAAUUGUAUGAUAAAACUUUAAUAAGAUGUUAAGUUUAUUUAGCACAUAAUUUUAGUUAAGAAUUGGAAGAUGAUUUUACAAUGAUUGGAUGUUUAAAAUCAUUAGAGGAAGAGUAACCAAAAUUUUAAAAAGAUGAAAACAAGAAAUUAAAGAAUAUAGCAUUUAAAGGAGCAUAACAUAUUUUAUUUGAUGUGAAUGGAAAUAUAAUGGGUAUAACAAAAGGGUUAUAUAAGAUGAUUGAAAGAUUGUAAAGAUUGGUAACAAAUAAUAAAGAAGCAACUUAUCAUGAGAAUGAUGAGAUAUUAUAAUAAAGUGGAUAGAAAUCAAAAUCAGAGAAUUCUUCAUUAGAAUCUGAAAGGUAUUUAGAAUAAUAAUAUUGAGUUAUGAUGUAUUUGAUUAGAAAUGGUCGAAUACAAUUUUGAAGAUCGAUGAUUUUUAUCAUAAAGUAUUAAUUUGGAUGAUUUUACCAUUUAUAUCAAGAGAAAUUGAAUCUACAGGAAUAGAAUUUUUAAUGAAUGGAUAGAUUCCUCCUAAGAAUAGAUAUGCUAAUUUGAUAGAUUUAGAAAAUGGAAAUCAAGUUGUUUAAAAUAAGGAAACUUAUUUAUUUGUUCCUGAAGAUUUAAAUUUAUUUGUUUAAUAAUAUGAAAAAGUGAUAUCAAGAAUUGUAGAUGAUUUAAGAGUUUAAUCAAAUAAUUUUUCAUCAGGAAGUGCUUAUAGAGCAGUAUAAAGAAGUGAUUAUUAAGAAAGUGAUUAAUAGAGUUUGGUUUAAACAAUAACUAUUUUUGAUGAGAAAUUAUGUGUAUUUUUUUAUGAUGAACAUCUAAAGAGACAUUAAGCAUUAUUGUUUGGAUAAACUAGAUAGUCAGAAAUGUAAAAAAGUUAAGGAAGACCUUCAUCAAAAUCAUCUAUACCUGAUAAAUAGACAAUAAGUAGUGAAGAAGAUAGUGAAUAACUUAAAACUAGAGCUGAAAAAAUAUAUUAAGAUAGAUACUCAAAAUAUAUAGAGAAAUUCACACCUUAGGAUUUCAAUCCUAUACCUGUUGUUUAUUCUGUAAAUUAUGAAGAAUAUCGAUAUAAGAAAAAUGAUACAGAUCAUAAAUAAUAGAUGUUUGUUAUAGAAUUGAUUGUAAAUGAUUAAUAAUUGUUAAAUACAGAAAAAGGAUAUAAAAGAUAAUUAAGAGAAACAAUUAAGUAGACUUAUUAGAAUUACUAAUCCAAAAAGAUGUUAUUAGAAUAAGGGACAGAUGGAGAAGAUUCAAUUAGUAUUUAAGGAAAUAUUAGUGAAUAAAGAAGUGUUCAUGAAGGAGAUAUACUUAAUUAUAAUUUCCCAUCUCAUCCUUCUCAUUAUUAUGAGGAUAUAUAUUUUGUUGAUAAUAAUUAGAUUCUAUAAACUGAUCAAAUAUAUAGUCCUCGAUAAGAUGGAAAAUCAGAAGGUCUUCUUUUAAGUGGAAGAUAUAGAUAAAGUAAACCUUUAUUAGAUAAAGAUACUAAAACUUAAGGAGGACAAAAAAAUAAAAGCCAUUUCUCAGUAAAUUCUGAACAUAGUAGAGAUGAAAUCUAAUUUAAAGGAUCUUAUAAGAAUUUGAAAUUUCCAGAAAAAGAAAUUGCUUUAAAAGCUCUUAAUAGAAUGAAUUAGAAAAAAAAAUAAUAAGAUUUCUAUAAUGAUAAUGAAUCUAAAAUACCAAUAGAAAGCAAAGGCUCUUAAUAAUAAAUCUUUGAAGAGUUUCAAGUUAAAUAUUCUGAUGGAUUAAAACUUUUUGACUCCCAAUAUAAAGUUGUCUAACAAAAAGCAUCUGAUAUGUAGAAUCCUAAUUCUUAUAAAAUUUAAAAAUAUUUAUUGAUAACUACAUUCAUUCUAAUAGUAAGUUAUAUUAUCCUUAUAUCAAUUGCAAUAUAAAAUCAAUAUGAUCUUACUGGAUGUUAUAAUUUACUUGAAUUAAUGAUAGCAACUUAAAAAUCCUAUUCUUAAAUUACUCAUAGUUUAUAUCGUCUAGAAAUAUCAGAUUUACUACAAAUUGACAAUAUAGAUCUCUUAAAGUAAUUUUAUGAAAAGUAGAUCUUUUUUGAAUUGUAAGAACUAAUAGAUCUUUCAAGUAGUUAAAUUAUUGAAAUCAAUUAGGUGUAAGUGAGUUUAGAUUAAUUUUAUGAUAUAGAAGAUAGAGUUUAGAUGAAACCAACAUUCUAAUAAACUAUUUAAUUUACACUUGGUUAAUUAUAUAAACUUAAAUAAAAUGAGACCAGCAAUCUUUUUAAAUAUAACUCCACUUUAACUUUAGCAUCUGUUGCUAAUCUUUAAGGAAUAGGAUAAUUACCAUAAAAAGCUUAUGAUUUCUGUUUUGAUUAUAAAAUUUCCAAUGAAAACACUUAUUAAACUCUCUUGAUCAUUUAUAUGGUAGUCAUCUUUUUCUUAGUGAUGAUUUUAUAAUUUUCUCAUAUUCCAUUAAUUGGAAAGUUAAGAAAGAAUCAUAGAACAUUUUACAAAGAAAUAAUUAAAUUAUAAAUGAAUGAAGUAAAUGAUGAAAUUGAAAUUUAUGAAACAGUUAUUUCAAUAUUCAAAAAAUCAAUUUAUGAAUGGAUGUUGAUUGAUUUUGUUUAAGCAUCUCAAAUGUUUGAGAGUACUAGAGAACUUAAAACAAAUGCUCUUACACCAGGAAAGGAAAUGCAUACUGAAAUUAGUUCAGGAGCAGUAUCAUCAUCAAAUAAAAAAAAUAAAUAUAAAUUAAUGGAGAAAUUAAAGAAAUCUUAAAUGAGAUAAAUAAAAUACUUUAUAAUUCUAAUGGUUGGAUUAUUUGUUAUUUUAGCUUAUUUUCUUAUAAUAUUCUUAGUUAUUUUUAUUUUAUCAAAAGAUCUAUUGACUAAUGUAGAAAUUUUAUUUAAAUUUAAAUUGGUUCAAUCUUCAGUAAUUAAUUUAAUUAAUAAUAUGGAUUUGGUAGCAUUUUAAAGUGUUAAUGAUUCACUAUUCGAUAAUAUUAUGUCAGUGAAAAAUUAUUAAAUUUAUGCAUCAGUAUUAAGUGGUGAUACAACAGAUUACUUUGAAUAAUACUCAAAUGAAUUCCUUUCAGCAUUAAUGGAUAAUAAUUGGAAAGAUGAUCUCGAUACAAUGAAUUAAGAUAAUAUAUGUGAAGUUGGGAUAGGAUUUGAUUGUGUAUCAACUGAUGCUAUCACUUUAAAUCCUUGGCUUUUACCUUAUUAUUAAUAAGGACUAAAAACUUUAUUAACAUAAGUGGAUAAGAUCAUUUCUCAAUAUCCUUAAUUUUUUUAUGAUGAAAAUGUAAAAAAUACAGAGUAAUAACUUUUCGAAUUUUAUCAAAGCUAAGAACAUUUAAUUUAUAUAGAUUACGGAAGUGAAUUAUUAAUUAAGGCUCAAAAGUAAAUUAUUGAUAUUGCAUAUAAACAGUUUGACUAAUCUUUAAAUUUUUACAAAUAAACUUUGUUAAUCUUCACUUUAAGUGUAGGAGUUGCUGGUUUUUGUAUAAUAGGUUUUUUAGGAAAUCUAAUAUUAAAGAUGCAAAAAGAUUCAAUAGAAACAUGUUAGGCAGCUCUACUGUUGUUAUCACCAAAACGAUAUCUAAAUAAAUCUAUGGGUUUAUUAACAUAAAAAAAAUUAUGA